AUGGGGAGACGGUGGUGGACAAGGUGGUAUAGCUGGGUAAUACUGGUGGUUCACGUGUUUGCGAUUCUGCUAUUCACCAGAGGAUUCUUACUUACUCGAACUGAACUUCCAUAUUACAGCCACUGCGACGACAUUUCUCAAUCUCCUUGCUUCUCCUCUUCCUCCUCUGUCAACAAUACUGACAGUCGCUGUUGGAAUAAACCAGCUGUUGGUCGCCUCGUCAUCAUUGUUCUCGACGCACUCAGGUUUGAUUUCGUUGCUCCAAGCGGGUUUUUUCAAGAAAAGAAAGCAUGGAUGGACAGAUUAUCUGUGCUGCAAAAUACGGCAUUUGCUGAAGGAUCGUCUGCUAAGAUUUUCAAAGCCAUUGCUGAUCCUCCUACCACUAGUCUCCAGCGCUUGAAGGGUUUGACAACGGGUGGAUUGCCGACUUUUAUAGAUGUCGGAAAUAGCUUUGGUGCUCCUGCAAUUGUUGAAGAUAACUUUAUACAUCAGCUGGCUGAAAACGGGAAGCGAGUAAUGAUGAUGGGUGAUGAUACAUGGACUCAGUUGUUUCCUGAUCAUUUUAAUAAAUCUUAUCCGUACCCGUCUUUUAAUGUUAAGGAUCUUCAUACGGUAGAUAAUGGAUGCAUCGAACACCUAUUUCCAGCCCUAUAUCAAGAGGACUGGGAUGUUCUUAUUGCACAUUUUCUUGGCGUGGAUCAUGCUGGGCAUAUAUUUGGUGUUGAUUCCAAGCCAAUGAUAGAAAAGUUGGACCAGUACAAUCUCAUGUUAGAGAAAGUAAUCAAAGUGCUCGAGAGCCAAUCUGAACCUGGUGGCUUACAUGAAAAUACUUUUCUUCUGGUUAUGGGUGACCAUGGACAAACCUUACAUGGGGAUCAUGGUGGUGGGAGUGCUGAAGAGGUUGAAACAUCGAUUUUUGCCAUGAGUUUUAAGAAGCCUCCAUCUUCUGUUCCAUCUGAAUUUGAUACUUCAUCUUGUAAACUAGAUUUGGAUGGGAAGAAGAAAUGCACCAGCUCCAUUCAACAACUUGAUUUUGCAGUGACAGUGUCUGCUCUGCUUGGUAUUCCAUUUCCUUUUGGAAGCAUCGGACGAGUUAAUCCUGAGCUAUAUGCUUUAGGCGCUGGUACAUGGAAUUUGGAUGGCAUCAAUGUGAGGGAUUCCUCCAAUCUGUCAAAAUUGGAGGAAUGGUUACUGAAUUAUGUCAAUGUACUCUGCACCAAUUCUUGGCAGGUGAAAAGAUACAUUGAUGUCUAUUCAACUUCAUCUGUCAUUGGAUUUUCCUCUGAAGACUUGUUACACAUAUCAAACGUGUAUGUUCAGGCAGAGCAGAAUUGGGCACACACUACUAAGAAUUUACUGUUGUAUAGAAAUGAAAGCUGCCACACAUUGUUACCUGCUCUUACAAGGCAAAUUGAUUCUUAUUUCAGUUUCCUAUCAAAUGUUUCAGAGCUGGCUCGCGCCAAAUGGACUGAAUUUAAUAUGAAGCUGAUGGGAAUUGGUCUUGGGGCCAUGUUCAUUUCACUCUUUAUCAUAUUUCUUGCCAUUCAAAGGAUAAAUAAUCUGCAUAUGACUUCUCUUUUGUCUCCUGGAGGUUCUAGAAUUUCCUUUGAAUUAAUAUUUGCCUUCUUUGUUGUGGCAAUACGUGCAUGUAGCUUCCUGUCAAACAGUUAUAUUUUGGAGGAAGGAAAAGUGGCAAGUUUUCUGUUGGCCACCACCGGCAUUGUCAAGCUACGUUCUGCAAUCAUGAAAAAGAAGAUGCAAUUUGAAGCAGUAAGUUUUCUACUGUUGACAUCCAUUCUAAGAUUUACCAUUGAAGUUGGGCUGUCAAAGCAGGCUGCCACUUCAUUAUUUCUGAGCGCAUCCCCUUCAUGGAUGUUUGGGGUUGCCUCAGGUCAUCCACUAUGGACGUAUCUGGCUGAAAUCGGGCCAAUUCUAGUUGUAAUAUUAUUGGCAUGGCUGCUGUACAGAACCAUCACCAGCAGCAUAUUUGGGGGACUUUGGAAUUAUAUUACCAUCGGAACCAUUCUAGGUUAUGUUCUUAUAGCUGUGCAUUGGGUGGCUGAAAGUAACAUACAUAGUCUGGCUCUGUUGUUUCAAGGAAUUGCUAAAGGUUGCAUCCCAAGAAUGGUUUAUGCAAUUGGGCUUGGUCAACUGUUUUUAGUUGCAGUUGGUUAUUUGUUUGGUAAAGAUAGAGAGUUUGAUUGCAAUAGGAGCUUGGUAAUGAAAACAGUGGCUAUUUUAUCUGCUUGGAGUCCAACAAUCAUCAUUCUGUCAGGAAAACAAGGUUCCUUGGCAGCAUUAGCGCUGAUAAUUGGAGGUUAUUGCAUAAUGAGGUUGGAGAGUUUGGAAGACAGUGACUCUGAUGCUACUGCCCAAAUUUUUACUUUCAAUCCUCUUGCUGUUACACAGUGGAACCUCUUGGCUGUGUGUCUGUUUUUCGCCACUGGUCAUUGGUGUGCAUUUGAUGGCCUGCGGUAUGGUGCUGCAUUUAUUGGGUUUGAUGAAUUUGUCCUUGUUCGUCAAGCAAUCCUUCUUACAAUUGAUACAUUUGGCUUUUCUCACAUUCUUCCUGUUCUUGGACUUCCAUUUCUGGCUGUUCGCCAUUUUUUGUUUGGUCGGAAUGACCAUGGGAAGGGUUUUCUUUUCACCCAGCUGUCUCAGAUGUAUAUGAUGUACGGACUUAUUACUGCCACCAUGGUAACGGUCACAAUAAUAUGUGUUACCAUUCAAAGGCGUCAUCUAAUGGUAUGGGGACUAUUUGCUCCAAAAUUUGUCUUUGAUGUGGUGGGCCUUAUUCUUACAGAUGCACUGAUUUGCCUAGCUUCACUUUUAUACUCCGGUCGAACUGAAGAAUGA